AUGGAGCCGGGCAUGUCUCUGCUCUCAGGCCUGCAGCAGCUGUCUCCGGAUAGCUCAUCUCAUCACACUUCCCUCUCGGAGAAGACGAGGGGAUUUGGUCACAUGUCUUAUCUGAUCAGAGGUCCCAUCGCCACAAACAGCCAGACCGGCUGUGGACUGCGUGGGCUGGGCGUGAAAACAGAUAUGGAUACUGACCAUCACGAAAUCACCAGCACGAACACCCAGCCUACCAGCACCAAUGAACCAGAAAAAUCAGAAGAUCAGAAAAUGUUCACUUGUGAUGACAUCCCAAAAAUCCUGGAGCUAUUUAAAAAAUAUGAUGUUGAUGGCAGCGGAGCCCUGGAAAUGGAUGAAUUUUGUGACGCCAUGCAGGAACUAUACACGACGGCAAGUAAGGAGGAGCUGGCUGUCCUCCACAUGAAGAUCGACACAAACUGUGAUGAAUCUGUGGACAUUGGAGAAUUGCUUCAUUUUCUUUUGUACGGAACAAAGAGUGCAGGAGCUCUGGAUUAUAAGAGCACGCUAUUCCCCAAACCAUUUGAAGUAUGCAUAUGGUCCGAUGGGGACUGGACCUGUCGGCAGAGUAUUUUUCCUGAGGGCAUGGGAAAGUACCCAAUUGCCGCCGUAUGUUACAACUUGCCCAACAAUGAGUUGUUUUUGGCUAAUUCGGACAUAGCAAGAGUCCUUGGAAGAGGAACAAACGUUUUUUACAAUUCUCUGGCGUCGCACAAUCUGCCUCUGUGCAACGUCCUCUAUCACAACAUUUUCAAGCAGAUUGUCUCUGUUUGCAUGGCUGGUGUGGUGACAGUAUGGGAUGUUUUGUCUGGAAAGGCAUUAAUGCAGUUCAAAGUUGCUCCAGACAAGUCUGAGGGGAAAAUUGCUAUUGCCUUUGAUGAACCACAACGAAAAAUAAUCUCAAUAGCUCAUGGAGAAAUCAAAAUGUGGAACUUCAGCAUUGGGGAAGAGCUUGAUGUCAUCCCCCUUAAAGUGCCGGACAAUAACCGGGAAGUACAAAUUGACACAGCCACACUGCUGAUCGCAGCAAAUGGUUUUAUUGGAGCUUGGUCAGUAAAAGCUAAAGGAGGGCUUCUCAGGAAGUUUAGAGCGGUGGAAAUGGAUAAUGUGAACAUCACCUGUAUGGCCACUGACGAAUCAGAGGAGACAUUGGUGACUGGUGACAGUAGCGGACGGCUCCGCCGCGUGACUCCCGUCUGCACGAGGAGCCGAUGUGACGGCCUCCAGUCGCCCGGGGCGCCACUCACUGGCCCAGGGGUCAAGGUUGAAAAGCUCACGGUUCACGCGGGCUGCCACGGAUGA